AUGGCCGAGAACGUUCAAGUUUCCACCCCCGCUUCCCUUCCCUCGGCGCCUCAAACUGCUGGAAAUCAACCCCAGCAGUACGACAACACCCAGGGUAACGGUCAAGCCAACCCAUCCCACAUGCCUCCACCACCUCGGCCUCCAGUGAUCAUCCCUCAGAACACCAACCCCAUCCCUACUGCGAUCACUUCCCCUAUGUCGAACAACAUGAUGUCUCCCACAAGUGCUGGUGGUUAUGUUCGUCGUGCUGCCCCCGAGCCCAACAAGCGUGCUCUCUAUGUUGGAGGUUUGGAUCCCCGCGUGACAGAAGACAUUCUGAAGCAGAUUUUUGAAACCACCGGCCACGUGGUCAGCGUCAAGAUCAUCCCCGACAAGAAUUUCAACAGCAAGGGUUACAACUAUGGAUUCGUUGAAUUCGAUGACCCUGGUGCGGCUGAGCGAGCCAUGCAAACCUUGAACGGACGUCGCAUCCAUCAGUCGGAAAUUCGCGUCAACUGGGCGUACCAGUCCAACAACACCAACAAGGAGGAUACUUCGAACCACUUCCAUAUCUUCGUCGGCGACUUGAGCAACGAAGUGAACGACGAUAUUCUGCUGCAGGCCUUCUCUGCCUUUGGCACCAUCUCUGAAGCUCGCGUCAUGUGGGAUAUGAAGACUGGUCGUUCUCGUGGUUAUGGUUUCGUUGCCUUCCGCGAUCGUGGUGAUGCUGACAAGGCACUCACUGCGAUGGAUGGCGAAUGGCUAGGCUCUCGUGCCAUUCGUUGCAACUGGGCCAACCAGAAGGGUCAACCCUCCAUUUCUCAACAGCAAGCUAUGGCCGCCAUGGGAAUGACCCCUACCACUCCAUUCGGCCACCAUCACUUCCCCACCCAGGGCAUUCAGAGUUACGAUAUGGUUGCCUCCCAGACACCUCAGUGGCAGACCACCUGCUAUGUUGGAAACUUGACCCCUUACACCACUCAGAACGACCUGAUUCCGCUUUUCCAGAACUUCGGCUACGUUCUUGAGACUCGUCUCCAGGCUGACCGAGGAUUCGCCUUUGUCAAGAUGGAUUCGCAUGAGAACGCCGCGAUGGCAAUCUGCCAACUCAAUGGAUACAACGUCAAUGGCCGUCCCCUGAAGUGUAGCUGGGGCAAGGACCGACCUCCUACCGGUCAGUUUGACAACUUCUCUCCUCAGCAGGGCAAUGCUGGCUUCAAUAACAGCCCCGCUGGUUUCUUCCCUCAGUAUGGUGGUCCUCAGACCCCCAUGAAUCAAGGUCCCGCGCCUGCUGGUCGAGGCUGGGAUCAACAAGGCAAUGGCUUUGCUGGCGGUCCUGCUAUGCCUGGAGGACAGGGCUACCCCCAGGGAAAUGCCGGAGGUUAUGGGCGUGGCCAGCCCAUGUCCCCGUCUGGUAACUGGGAUCAGUCAAACAACAACUUCAAUGGAGGCUACCAGGCGUAG